AUGGCUACAACUCAAUCAAUCGCUUUACCUCUUGAUUUUCAAAUCUCAUUCGAUGCACCAACAGACUCUUUCUCGGCCGACCUUAUGCACCAAUUUGAUACCAGGACAUCAAUAAUUCGUAACCAAGUAUUCACAUUAGCCGAUAUUCCUGUAUUACAGCCCGAAGAAGACAGGCAGAUCGAGUUGCCAAGGGUCGAGGAGAAAGAAAAAGAAGAAGAAGAAGAGAUCAAGGAACCCACGGUUCUUAAACUUAAAGAGUCUAUUGUGGUUUUUGAAGAUCCUCUGGCUGAUUUCCUCAGUGGACCAGAUGAACCGAUUCGUUUAUUUGAACCUAUUCAACUGAUCACUACUCCUUGUCCUCUAGAAAACAAGCACACGCGACUCACAGUACACCCUACGCCAGUCGAAGAAAAACACAUUAUUCCUCAAGAGAUCUUUUCUGCCAACGACAGCAAUACUAGCAGUGAUACCAAUGAUCAUGAAGAGAUCUUUCACAUGGCUGUUCAAGAGGCACCUUUGACCAUGUUACGAAAAUCAUCCAACUUUUUUCGACAAAAGAUUCAACAGAUUAAGUCCAAAGACGAUUCAUCUCUGAGAAGCCGCCGUGCUUCUCUGGUUCCACCUCUCAGUAGUUCGUCUGGAGUUUCACAGGCCGAGAGUGGGUCUGAUCUUUCUUCCAGUCCAACCGUUAAGUCCUCUCCACAAAUAUCCACGCAACGAUCUACUCUUUCUUCCAAGCGCCGUUCAAUGUUUUGCUUGUUUUUGUUAAAGUAA